AUGCUCUCGACACUCAGGAAAGCCGGUACUUUCGCUCGCGCCGCAUCUGCGGGUCAGAAGCGCUUCCUCUCCAUUCACGAGUACCAAUCCGUCCAGGUACUCAACUCGUAUGGUAUACCGACGCCCAAGAGCGUGGCCGCCAAGUCAGUCGACGAGGCAGCCGCCGCUUUCCAGCAGUUUGCGGAGAAGGGCGCGGUGAUCAAGGCCCAGGUUCUCGCCGGCGGUCGCGGCAAGGGCAAGUUCGACAACGGUCUGCAGGGCGGCGUGCACAAAGUGACAACCGUCGAGCAGGCCAAGGACCUCGCUCAGCAGAUGCUCGGCGCAAACCUCAUCACAAAGCAGACCGGCGCUGCUGGCCGCCUCUGCAAUGCCGUGAUGUUCGCCGAGCUGCGUCAGCCCAAACACGAAUACUAUGCCGCUUUCCUCAACGACCGCGCCACGCAAAGCGUCGUUCUCGUCGCAUCUAAUCAGGGCGGUAUGAAUAUCGAGGAGGUGGCCGCAAAGGACCCCAGCGCGAUCAUCACGACGCCCAUUCCCUUCGCGACUGGCCUCACGAAGGAUAUCGCACUUGACGUCGCAAAGAAGCUCGGCUUUUCCAGCUCCGACGCCGAGGAACAGGCUGCGGGCAUCUUCAUGAACCUGUACAAGCUCUACAAGGAGAAGGACGCUACUCAGGUGGAGAUCAACCCGUUGGCCGAGACGACCGAUGGCGCCGUGCUCUGCAUGGAUGCAAAGCUCGGCUUCGAUGACAAUGCGGACUUCCGCCAGGAGGACGUGUUCGCGCUCCGUGACAUCACACAAGAGGAGCCCUCGGAGGUCGAGGCGCAGAAGGCAAACUUGAACUUCAUCAAGCUUGACGGCUCAAUCGGCUGUCUUGUCAAUGGUGCCGGUCUUGCUAUGGCCACUAUGGACGUCCUCACCCUGCACGGUGGCCAGCCUGCCAACUUCCUCGACGUUGGUGGUGGUGCGACGCCGGAGACAGUGAAGAAGGCGUUUGAGAUCUUGCUCGCCGAUCCAAAGGUCAAGAGCAUCUUCAUCAACAUCUUCGGUGGCAUCAUGCGCUGCGACUACAUUGCAGAGGGCGUCAUCAAGGCAGCUUCCGAGCUCGACCUCCAGAUCCCCCUCGUCGUCCGCUUGAAGGGCACCAAGGAGGCGGAGGCGAAGGAAAUGAUCCGCUCGUCUGGUCUGAAGAUCAUUCCCUUCGACGGUCUCGACGAGGCAGCAGAGCGCGCCGCCCAGCUCGCCAACGCAUAG